CGAAGACUUUGUACGUACAUCCGACAAGCAGCGCCGGUCGCUCGCUCGCCGGCUCGCGGAUUGGCCCAAGCGUUCGGCUUUUGCUGUUGCUUUCGAGGCCGCGGCAGCCGGUCGCAGAGCGAAAGCGGAGGGCGAAUUGCGAGCGACGCGAUUUCUCGUUCGAAGAAGGGAGGAAGGAAAGAUUCGGAUCAUGUUCCUUGGGCGGGCUCGAUGGAUUCAUCGUGUCUGAUGCUCAAUUCGAGGAUUUGGAGUCGGAGUCGGAGUCGGAUUCGAAGCUGCAGCUGGAGCUCGAGGUGCGCAGGUUUUAUCGAAGAGGGAACACAUUGAUUGAUUGAUUUAGCCCUGACUCUUUCUCUCGCGCUCGUUUAGUUUCGAGAAUCGAGAUUUAGGACAGAGCUUUGGGUUGUGAUGAAGCGAAUGUGAUGGGCUCGUGGUGCUGAGCACUCGGAUUGAUUGAUCGUCGGUGGUCUGGUUGGCGUGAUUGAUUGAUCGUGCUCGUGCUCGAGUCGCCCGCCGUGACGAGGUGAGCGAGAAUGCAGAGAUCGGGGCACGAUGCAGUGCGCUAUGAGUGGAAAGCUGGGACGUAUGUACCGGAGAACAUCAUCUUUUGCGUGGAUGUCGAUCGAGAAGCGGAUGUGGAGAUGAAAUCGGGCGGAGGGAAACUGCAGGGGGCGGCUCUGCAUCGAAUGGAUGCCGUGAAACAGGCCUUGCUGCUGUUUGUGCACUCGAAGUUGACCAUGAACCCGCAUCACCAAUUCGCGUUCAUGACUCUGGACCGAGGUGCUUCAUGGUACCAACGGGAGUACACGAACAAUCUGGACAUCAUCAAUGCCACCAUUCGAAAUUUCAGCUCGCAGGGCUCGUAUCCGCAAUUCGACCUUUCUUCGCUUCUGCAGGUGGGCGUGAGUGAGGCAAGGGUGGCCCAAACCCAAGGCCGAAGUCUGCGAGUGGUCCUCGUUUAUUGCCGCUCGUCCGUCGUGCCCGAAUUUCAAGAGCAAUUGAUGGAACAGCAGAAUUUCACACUGGAUGCAUUGUACAUGCACGAUAAGCCGGGCCCCAAUAAUUGUCCGCAGAAAGUAUACGACGCUUUGGUGGAUGUUCUUGAGCACGUGAGCCAUCACGAGGGUUACAUUUUCGAGAGCAGCAGUGGCAGCGCAAGGACACUCUUUAGGCACAUUUGCCUGCUGCUUGCUCACCCUCAGCAACGCGUUGGUCAAGACGACUUUGCAAAUGCUGUGAAAGAUUUUGCUCUACUCAAACCUCCGACUGAGCCAAGACCACAAGAGGAGACCAGCAAUUCCGGAGGUCAUAGCAACUCAAGCCGUGGCUAAAUUUGCUUUUUAAAUUUCACUAACUCCAAAUAAAUUAAAAUUCUGUCGUUUUCUUUUCUCUUGUGUCCAUAGUGCAACUCUAGUUCUGUUUGUUGUAAUUAUACACGUCACUCUGUGGUGAUUUCUAUCCUUUCUUUCGCAUUGACUUCUUCUCAAUUUCCACUCUCUUGUGCACAAUGUGCCAACUCGCUUUCUGGCGGGGGCUCUGAACAAACUCUGCU